CUUGUAUCCUUUCUUUUUGGGUCAGGGUUUUCUCCGACCCCGUUUCUGCCCGUACCCUAUUCCGUUUCCUCCCAUUUCUAGGAUGAUGCAGCCUGCCGGUGGGAUGGUGCAACCCUCUCCGAUGGACCAGCAGCCGCAGCAGCAGCAGUGGAUGAUGAUGCCACCGCCGCCCCCGCAACCACAGUACUACCAGGCUGCCCCGGCUCCGCCGAUGUGGAACCAGCAGCCCUCCCAGGUUCCCCCCCCGGUUUCCCAGACGAUGCCGCAGCCCCAGCAGCAGUACCAGGCUCCAAAUCUGAUGCCGCCCCCCCAGAUGCAAUACCAGGCGGCGCCAGCGCCGGCCGCAGCCCAGCCUUUGGUGCCGCAACCAGCGUCGGCAGAUGAAAUCCGCACGCUCUGGAUCGGGGGACUGCAGUUCUGGAUGGAUGAGAACUAUCUUUACAGCUGCUUUGCUCAUACUGGAGAGGUGGUUUCAGUUAAAAUUAUCCGCAAUAAGCAGAGUGGGCAAUCGGAGGGUUAUGGUUUUCUUGAGUUUGUAUCUCAUGCUGGUGCAGAUCGAAUUCUUCAAACUUAUAACGGUCAAGUGAUGCCUAACACAGAACAAGCUUUCAGACUGAAUUGGGCAACAUGUGGAGCAGGUGAGAGACGUGGCGAUGGUGUCGAUUAUACAAUUUUUGUUGGGGACUUGGCUGCAGAUGUCACUGACUAUUUGUUACAAGAGACAUUCAAGAAUCAUUACUCAUCUGUUAAGGGUGCCAAAGUUGUCACUGACAGACUGACUGGGCGCUCCAAAGGUUAUGGCUUUGUUAAAUUUGGAGAUCCGAAUGAACAAACAAGAGCCAUGACUGAAAUGAAUGGAGUUUACUGUUCAACAAGACCCAUGCGGAUUGGUCCAGCUGCCGAUAAGAAGUCUUUGGGUACACAACAACAGUAUCCUUCAAAUGCUUCCUACCAGACCACACAAGGUGCUGAAUCUGAGAAUGAUCCAAAUAAUACCACUAUAUUUGUUGGCGGACUGGAUCCAAAUGUUACGGAUGAACAUUUGCGGCAGGUUUUUAGCCCAUAUGGAGAAAUAGUUUACAUAAAAAUACCUGUAGGCAAGCGAUGUGGGUUUGUUCAGUUUGGUAACAGGGCCAAUGCUGAGGAGGCUUUGCAGAUGCUGAAUGGGACCUUGUUGGGUGGACAAAAUGUUCGGCUCUCAUGGGGACGUAGUCCUACAAAUAAACAGCCACAGCAGGAUCCCAACCAGUGGAAUGGGAACUACUAUGGGUACACCCAAAGCUAUGAUGCCUAUGGAUAUGCCCCACCUCAAGAUCCUAAUAUGUAUGCUUAUGCAACAUAUCCAGGAUAUGGAAACUAUCAGCAGCAGCAGCCGCCACAGCAGCCACCUCAGUGAGUUGGUAGACCUGAAGAGGUGCGCAGUAUAUGGUAAUGGCAAGCAGUUUCCACAGCUCCUGAACAUGAAAGAUUUAACCGUGCAUCCGUUGACAAAGCUCGUUGGUCAUGUCCAUUACUCCGUAGGUUUCUCUUCCCAAAGAGCAGCAGUUGUUUGUUUGAGUUACGUUACUUCGUCCCAGGCGUUUGAUAUCUGUAGUGUUGAGACUUUGUUGCUUGCUUUGCUGCCAUUUUUCAUGACAUUUGAACUGUUAAGUAGUCUUUCCAAAUCUGAACUAAUAUUGUUAUGUCGUGGACCAUCUAGUAAUGAUAUGAUUGCUUUGUUUGAUCAUAA